UUUUUGUAAUCAACUUUCCCCAGGUAUUUUUUGAUUCACAACCAGAUACAAUAAAGUAAUUUUAUUUUGCAAUUUAAGCAAAAUUUCAAUGUCAACAAUGAAAAGUAUUACAUUAAAGGAAGAAAUGAAGAAGAGUCCUCAAUUGAAGUUAUCUGAUAUACAAUCACUGAGAGAAUGGUGCGAGAAACAACCGCACUUGCCAAAAAUUGAGGAUACUUUCCUUGCUUUGUUUCUUCACAGAAAUUAUUAUCAAAUGGAACCAACGAAAAACACAAUUGAGAAUUAUUACACGGUCAGGACGCACUUACCAGAAUUUUUUGGUAAUCGAGAUCCAUGCAGGGAAAAAGCCGAGCUACAACAAAGCUUCAAAGUCUCGUAAGAAGCAACUUUAUAAAUAUUAGUGAGCAAAUAGUAUAACUUGUUAGUGAAGAGUAUGGUCGGGUAUUAUGA